AUGGAAGAGUUAGUAAAGCGAAUCGACACGAAACGUAAAGUGAUCUUAAGUACAAGUGAUACAAUAAAGAGGGCUAUAGAAAAUCGGAACGUAGCGAGCAUCGAACGUCAAAGGAAUACGAUGAGGAAAGCGGCGGAUGAAAUUUACGAACUUAAAGUGCAAGUACAAGAGAUAAGAAUUCAGAAGGACGACAAUGAGGACGAAAUUCAAUCGUGGACAAAAAAUAUAGAACAGGAGCUCGAAUCAUGGGACAACGAAAUAGCGGGCAUUUUGGAAACUACGCAGGAGUGGAAACGGGAAGACAACAAAAAGGCGAAAUCGCGUGAACAAGAAAUAGCAGCAAAGGAACGGCAUGACUUAUUCAAGGAACAGUUAGAAUACGACAAAGCAAAAUUGGAACAGCAAACACAGCACGAGAUGAAGAUGGAAAAGUUGCGCAACGAACAAGGGAAAUUGCAGGGUAAGAACGCGAAGUUACCAAAGCUUAUAAUAACGAAGUUCAACGGAACGCCGGUAGAUUGGUUGCGGUUUUGGAACCAAUUCGAAGCCGAGGUUGACAAGGCUGACGUGGCACCUGUUACAAAAUUCUCCUAUUUAAAAGAGCUUGUGGAUCCAAAAGUAAAGUCUCAUAUCGAUGGGCUACCGUUCUCAACAGAAGGCUACGAACACGCGAAGAAUAUCUUGAAGACAAAGUAUGGUGAAAUAAGUGAAAUUGUGAACGCGUACGUAGAAAAUAUAAUGAAUUUGCCAACUAUCCAGGGAACAAACACCGGUAAGAUCCAUGAUUUUUAUAGUAAGCUUUCGUUCAACGUGCAAUCUUUAGAAACGCUGGGUAAGCUAAAGGAAGUUAAUGGUUAUGCGCGACUAUGCUUAUGCAAACUAGAAGGAAUCAGAAACGAUUUAGUAAGAACAGACGAUAAUUGGCGCCAGUGGGAUUUCGUGCAGUUGGCAGACGCGCUUCGGAAAUGGACGGAGAGGAAUCCUGUCAGAAUUAGUGAUAAAAGCGAUAAGCCAGAUAAGCACGCGAGUUUUGGCAGAACAAAUGCAUACCAGGCGCAUCAGCGUGACACAAAACAGAGACGGUGCGCGUAUUGUAAUGAGACAAGUCAUGCGUCUGUCAAUUGUACAAAAUUAAUUACGUCAGCGGAACGUAAGAAGUGCCUAAGCGAAAAACGUCUAUGUUUCAACUGCACCGGAGUAGACCACCGUGCGGGCGAAUGUCGUAGUCGAGCAGGUUGCACAAAAUGUAAGCGCCGGCAUCACACCUCAAUUUGUGACGCCCCAAGUGAAUCGCCACCCCCACCUGAGCCGAAGCGCGACAGAUUGCUUAAUACCGCAACCGAUGCUAAUAAGCCAGUCGUUUAUCCUGCUGUGAUCGUUGAUGUGAAUGGUGUAAAAUGUUGCGCUUUAAUCGAUACAGGGGCGGGCAGUUCAUACGCUUCGUCAGCGCUUUUAGACACGAUCAAAGCCAAAGUUAAAAAGCAAGAAAUUUGGCGCGUUGAAAUGAUGUUUGGCAUAGCGACAAGGAACGUAAAAAUUUAUGAUCUCACGGUAAACGAAACAAACAAUAAAUUCAACAUUAAAACAGAAGUGACACGUGUUGAAAGGAAUGAACUAUUAACUUUAGACAAUCCGAGAUAUGCGGACAUUAUUGCUAAUCAUUCCCACCUGCAAGGCAUAAAUAUGCACGAUAAUGAUCAAAAGGAGCGGCUGCCCGUCCAUUUAAUUCUAGGGACUGGGGACUAUUCAAAAAUUAAAACCGCCACAAAACCAAGGGUUGGUUCUCCCGGUGAGCCGGUUGCAGAGCUCACUAAGUUUGGCUGGACGAUUAUGUCCCCCGGCAAAGAGAUUGAUCUGAACAACAUGUUUUCAACUCAAGUACAUCGUGAGGAAUAUGAAAAACUUUGUAGGCUAGAUGUUCUAGGUCUCGAAGAUUCAGCUACGGGCGAUCAACAUGAUGUUUAUAACGAAUUUAAGGAACAAUUGUCGCGCAGUGGCGAGGGUUGGUACGAGACCGACCUGCCGUGGAAGGGAAACCACCCCCCGUUACCUAGUAACAAGACAGGCAGCCUAAAGCGACUAGACAAUUUAGUGAAAAAGCUAGAGAAGCAAGAUAUUUUGGAGAAGUAUGAUAAAAUCAUCAUGGAGCAAGCGCAGGAAGGUAUCGUAGAGGUAGCAGAACCGGAGGCAGUCGGUAAAGAGUUUUAUUUACCACAUAAAGCAGUCAUUAAAGAAUCGGCAGAAACCACCAAAAUGAGAAUCGUUUACGACGCCUCGGCACGUGAAAACGAGAAAGCGCCUUUCUUGAACGAAUGUCUCCAAACAGGACCCCCUCUACAAAACGAUCUCUGGCAAGUGUUAGUUCGCGGACGAUUCCACCCCGUUGGCCUAACUGGCGAUCUUAAACAAGCAUUCCUCCAAGUACGCAUCCGAAAAGAACAUCGUGAUGCAAUGCGUUUUCAUUGGUUUAAAGAUUUAAAGUCGAGAGAGGUAGUGACAUUUCGAUUCACCAGAGCGUUGUUCGGGUUGUCGCCCUCGCCUUUCCUCCUUGGGGGCGUUAUUCAACAACAUCUAACAAAUUAUCAGCAACAUCAUCCGGAAGUCGUGACAGAAAUCAAGAAGAGUAUGUACGUUGAUGAUUUGGUCAGCGGUGGUGAUUCUGUAGAGAAAGUGAAGCGACUAAAGGAGAACGCCAUUGACAUCUUUCGGGAUGCUACGUUCAAAUUAUAUAAAUGGCACUCCAACAUAGCAGAGCUCGAAAGCGAAGAGACGAAGCCCACAAAUCCGGAAGGAUCAUCAAAGUCGCUAGAGUCGUCCCAAUUGCAAGGAGACGAAACAUUUGCCAAACAACAAUUCAGCACAAAGCCAGGUCAAUCAGCAAUACUUGGUCUCGCAUGGAAUAAAGACAAAGAUGAAAUCAAAAUCGAGUUUCCUGCUGACCCAGCAAGUCCGACGAAGCGAGGAGUCCUCGGGAAGAUCGCGAAAGUUUAUGAUCCCCUCGGGUUGAUUUCGCCCAUUACUCUGCAAGGGAAGUUCCUCUACCGCGACUGUUGCGACUCGAAGGUCCCCUGGGACGCCAAACUGCCUUGUGAGUUAGAAGCUAGAUGGACGGCGUGGGAGAAAAGCCUACCAGAGAACGUAGCCGCGCCAAGGAGUCUAGCGAAGUUCCAGGAGCCAAUUGAGGAUAUCAGGUUGCACACAUUCGGUGAUGCGAGUAUUCAAGGAGUGGGAGCAACGGUGAUAGCCGUGGUCCGACAAGCUAGUGGCACAACCCAAGGUCUCGUUGCUGCAAAGUCGCGGUUAGCCAAGAAAAACCUUACAAUACCCCGCUUGGAGCUUGUAUCAGCACACAUGGCAACCAACCUCGUUGACAACGUCCGAGAAGCAUUGGAAGGAUUUCCGGUGAGCCAGGUAUUCGGAUGGUUAGAUAGUACCGUGGCCUUACAUUGGAUCAGGGGAAAUGGAGAGUUAAAACAAUUCGUGGGAAAUCGAGUAAAGAAAAUCCAGGAGCGAGACUAUAUUCAAUGGCGACACGUAACAUCACGCGACAACCCAGCGGACCUUGCCAGCCGAGGAAGUGACGUAAGCAAAUUAGACAAGCUGUGGUGGAACGGCCCUGACUGGUUGAACGACGAAGACAACUGGCCUCUGAACAUCAAAACGCAAGAAACAACAGAAACGCAAGCUGAAACGAAAGCAGUCAAGGAAUUGUUCUCACUGACGGUACCAGUGCAAGAUGAAUUAGAUCAGCUUCUUAAGAAAUUCGAGUUUUGGAAAACGAUACGAAUUACAGCAACAGCAAAACGAUUCAUGGACAACGCGAAAGACGGUCGUGAGAACAAGAACACCGGUCCUUUGACAACAGAAGAAACCAGCGAACAAGUCAAGUUCUGGGUGAAGAAGAUCCAGGCGCGUAACGAAGGAACCGCUAAAUUUGAAGAAGAUCGAGAGCAACUGAAUCUUCAGCAGAACGAAGCAGGAGUGUACGAGUGUCAAGGAAGAAUCCAAGGUCAUUUCCCUAUCUACCUACCAGACAACGAGCUCUUGACUGAAAAGAUCGUAGAACAUGCCCACAAGCUUAGCUGUCACGGGGGAGUGGGGAUGACAAUGGCGAAAUUUCGUGAAAAAUACUGGACCCCUCGAUUGCGAAACAUCGUCAAACGAGUGACAAAGAGUUGUCAUACGUGCAAGAGAUUCCGUGCCAUCGCAGUGGCAAACCCACCAAUCGGAAACCUCCCAAGGGAUAGGACCGAAGGGAACACAGCGUUCCAAGUGGUCGGCGUAGACUACGCAGGUCCGAUAAAGUACCUUAAGAAGAGCAAACGCGAAGGGAAGGCAUACAUUAUCCUGUAUGCUUGCAGCCUCACUCGAGCCACAUAUUUGGAGCUUCUUCCAAAUCAAGAAACAAGCGAAUUCGUGCGAAGUUUGAAGAGGUUAGUAGCAAGACGAGGACGUCCCCAGAGAAUUUAUUCCGACAACGCCAAGACGUUCGCGGCGGCAGCGAAAUGGCUGAGGAAUAUCAUGAAAGAUGAACGCCUACAUGACUGGCUCUCCAAGUUUGAGAUCAGGUGGCAGUUCAACACCAGUAGAGCCCCAUGGUGGGGCGGUCAGUACGAGAGAAUCAUUGGCCUGGUCAAACAAGCGCUAUAUAAGACUGGAGGAGGCACCUUGCUUACGUGGAAUGCAUUGCAAGACCAUCUUCUUGACAUCCAAGUAUCCUUGAAUAACAGACCUCUCAGCUACGUAGAAGACGACAUUCAAUUGCCGCUGUUAACGCCAAACACCCUGAUGCACAAUAGACCAAACAAUAUCCCAACGCAAGACUACCAUGAAGUAGAGGAAAGGGAUUUGCGAAAAACAGCUAAACGUCUGGAGAAAUGCAAGGACAAGUUAUGGCGACGAUGGACCGAUGAAUACCUAAAAGGGCUGCGAGAAAGACACAACUUGAGACAUAACAACAAGCAAUUCACGUUGAAGGUCGGUGAAGUAGUCAUUAUCAAAUCAGACGAACGAGAUCGGAACAAAUGGAAACUUGGGAUAGUCGAAAACCUAAUCCGAGACGGUGUCGUACGCGUGGCGAAGUUGAGGGCGGGUAAAGGUCACCUGGAACGUGCCGUGCAACAUCUCUACCCUUUAGAACUAAGUUGUGACAUAUUCAAACCGGAAAAGAAGGGACCGAUCCUACGCCCCGAAGCUGAAGUAUUCAGACCAAAGCGAGAUGCCGCUGUGGCUGCAGAAUUGCGAAUCCAAGAUACUGUGGCAAACGAAGAUCAGUAG